UAUAAAAACCAAAACCAAAUGAACAAUCUGUUUUUCAGAAAGUAGUGAAAAAUCUUAUCUUAAAAUCCACCAUGUGAUGAAAAAGAUUACAAAGGAUCUUCUUGGAUGCAAAGUGGACUCUACUAAAAUGCACGAGAAACAGCUAUUGAACUGUCUCCUAUAAUCUUCUGAAACCUGAACCUCGCUAUAAAGGGGAAACCAGACCACUGAACCCUACCAACCAGAGAUGGACACAAGACAGGACUUUCAUUUUUAAGACCUAAUUGUGCCCAGCAAGGCACAGGAUAAAAAAAUUGGAUACCAGCUCAGACAUGGUUACUGUAUCUCAAAAUAGCAGAUGACCAGUUUACCAUACUGACCAUGCUGGCCUUUCUUCAGGACCAUCCUGGACCAGAAAGGAACAGUGAACUCUCACACCGUACACAAUUCCUGCGCAAAAUACAGCUCCUGAAUACAUUCUGCUGGACACAAAAAUGUCCUAUCCUCUACAUUUCUUGAAUGGGUCUGGAGUUGGCAAUGGAUCUUUGUCGCCUCUCUCAGUAACGGGAGAACCCAAGCAGGACUACUCAAGUGACGAACAAGGAAACAAAGUGCGUUGGGCAGCUUUACUGAUCCUCCUGGUAAUAAUCCCCACCAUUGGGGGGAACAUACUUGUCAUAUUGGCAGUGUCUCUGGAGAAAAAGUUGCAAUAUGCUACCAACUACUUUUUGACAUCCUUGGCGGUGGCAGAUUUGCUUGUGGGUCUGUUUGUGAUGCCGAUAGCCCUUCUCAUAAUAUUAUUUGACAAUGCCUGGCCUUUUCCAACUGCCUUGUGUCCUAUCUGGCUGUUCCUUGAUGUCCUCUUUUCCACAGCUUCCAUCAUGCACCUCUGUGCCAUCUCACUAGACCGCUACAUUGCGAUUAAAAAGCCAAUCCAGGCUAGUCAGUACAAUUCAUGGGCUACAACAAUCAUCAAAAUCAUCGUGGUCUGGCUCAUUUCAAUAGGCAUCGCUAUUCCAGUCCCUAUCAGAGGCAUUGAAGAUGGCAAAGGCAACUCUACAAACAUCACGUGUGUCCUGAUGCCUGAUCGUUUUCAUGACUUCAUUCUGUAUGGAUCAGUGGCCGCAUUCUUCAUUCCCCUUGCUAUCAUGAUAGUCACUUAUUUUCUGACAAUCCAAGUGCUACGCAAGAAGGCCUACUUGAUCAACGGGCCACCUCAGCGUUUCACUUGGUCAACUGUGUCCACAGUAUUUCAGCGUGACACAACACCUGCCUCCUCACCAGAAAAGAUGGCCAUGCUAAAUGGCUCUAGAAAGGACAAGACUUUGCCCAAUGACAUGCCUAUCUGCAGAACAUCUACUAUUGGGAGGAAGUCCAUGCAAACAAUCACCAACGAACAAAGGGCAUCAAAAGUUCUAGGGAUUGUAUUUUUUCUUUUCUUGUUGAUGUGGUGCCCAUUCUUCAUAACAAACAUAAGUUCAGUUCUGUGCAACUCCUGCAACAAGGAGAUUUUUCAAAAGCUUAUGGAGAUAUUUGUUUGGAUAGGGUAUGUAUCCUCAGGAGUGAACCCUCUUGUCUAUACACUCUUCAACAAAACAUUUAGGGAAGCUUUCAGCAGGUAUAUCACUUGCAACUAUAGGACCACAAAGCCUAUCAAGGCUCUUCGGAAGGGCUCCAGCAGGAUCUCUUUCAGAAGCUCUGUGGCAGAAAAUUCCAAGCUCUUUGUCAUGCAUGGGAUGAGAAAUGGGAUUAACCCCAUUAUGUACCAGAGCCCAAUGAGGCUGAGGAGCUCACCCAUCCAAGCAUCAUCAGCCAUUCUGCUGGAUACAUUGCUGCUCACAGAGAAUGAAAUUGAUAAAACAGAAGAACAAGUCAGCUACGUAUAGUGGAAUAGCAGCCAUGUCCAUAUCGUAGUAUUUACCAUAUGUAUUAUUCUAGGUAACCAUGCUAUAAGAGGAUAUAAAUACUAUUGUUUUCUGUUAUUUAUGCAAGCAAUAUCUUAUAAAUUUAUAUUAAUUUCUCUCCUCCAAAGUCUCCUCUACUUUAACUCCAACCCCAUGGUGGCACCACAGCUUCAUUCCAUGAUAAAUGACUAAUGCAGAACUGUAGCCUACAGGAAGAAGGAAAUAAAUAAAAG